AUGACGGCCCUCGCGGAUAUGCUGGGAGUAAAUGGACUCCGUGCCCGCGUGGAUCAGACUGAUGGCAUCACCGUGGGAGCACCACAUGUCGCGGAAAUGACGCAGCGAACCGCUGAAGUCGUUCUCGCCGUCCUCAGUGUAUUCGUACAUGUUCGUCAGGCCGUGCGGGUCGAGCAUGUCGGCCAGCCACACCCACGCCACCAUCAACUGCAUGGCGUUGGUGCGGUCGAGGCAGUCCAGGCAGUUGACGCGGAACACGCCACGCUGCGUGUGCUCGACAACACCCUUGCUGACGGCCACGUCGUCCUUCACAGACAUUAUUGA